CCCACCCUCGUCUUUCCUCCGCCACAAUCUCAACCUUCCUUCCUCUGUUUCUGCUGCUCCUGGUGACGAAAAAGGGUAAGUAUGGUGGUCAAGAAGCAGAGCAAGCUGGUUCAGACUCAAGUACUGAAGCAGAUGCUGAAGCGGUGCUCGAGCUCUGGGAGGGGGAAAGGGCCGCCGGUGGACGUUCCCAAGGGCCACUUCGUCGUCUACGUCGGCACGAACCGGAGCCGCUUCAUCGUGCCCAUCUCCUACUUGGACCACCCCCAGUUCCAGGGCCUCCUCCGCCAGGCCGAGGAGGAGUUCGGCUUCCACCACCACAUGGGCCUCACCAUCCCCUGCGACGAGACCGUCUUCCGCUCCCUCACCUCUGCGCUCAAAUGACCACCUUUUUUGCCAUCUCCGACGUGCUUGGGAUGGAUUAGUGUGUAUACUACAUGGCGUGCCGGUCGCGCCAUCCAACCGUACGCCAUAAUUUGUUGAGGAGAAGAGGAGAAGUUGCUCCUCUGUCACUGCAACACUCUCUCUCUCUCUCUCUCUCUCUCUCUCUCUCUGUCUCCCAAGUAUUGUCUGCUUAGAACUCUGUUCUCUGAGUUCUUGCAGCAGCGCAGCUCAAACUUCUGCUUGAUGCUAAGAACCAGAACAAGUUAAGCAGUAAGACAUGAAC